UAACCACCAUGCUGGUUUUGUCAACAUCUGUCUUGCGUAUUGCCGUUGAUUCCUCCUUUUCAAGCAUCAGAUUUGUUAACAUGUCUUCCCAUUACAUUUAAUAUACACAUAGAUACACUCAAUUGCAAUACACACGUAUAUAUAUACACGUAUAAUUAGUAGAAAUAUGAAACAGAGCAUAGUAAUCCAUCAGAGACAUCAACUGAUCCCCUGCCAACUUCUGAUGUGUUGCAUCAACAGCAACCUUAGUAGCUCUAAUUUCUCCCUCAACUUUUCAAUCAUUCUUCUUCUUUUUCCUUAAAAGACUCUGGAAAGAAGAAACUCACAAGAUUCCUCUCUCUCUCUCUCCCUAUAUAUAUAUGUUCUACGCGAUUGUCACCCCAUCUCUUUCUAAUUCUCUGUUCCUGCUUCUUCCAAAUCUGAACCCACAAAUAAAAAUCAAAACUUGAUAGCCUAUCGAAAAGACAAGACGAGAUCAGAGAGAAAAACCCAGAAAGAAAAAUCGGAACUUGAUCAAACUGAAGGAAUGAGGUCCAAGAUCCAAUCCUCCAUCAAUCUGAAGCUUGUCUUCAUCUGUUGCUCGGUCUUGGUCUUACUCAUCCUCUUCUUGACAAGAACCAGCAUUUCUUCCUCUUCAAGCACGUUCUCCACUACCCAUCUCUCCAAUUCAACCAUUCGUGGGGAAGAUGAAAAUCAAACAAAACCCAAAUGUCCAUCAACCACUAUGCUUCCGACCUGCACGAAAUUGCCAGCUUCUUUGGCCGACGCAUUGGUUCACUAUGUGACCACAAACAUCACUCCACAACAAACAUUCGACGAAGUCUCUGUAUCGAAGAGAGUCUUGGACAAGAAGUCCCCUUGUAACUUCCUCGUAUUUGGCUUAGGCCACGACAGCUUGAUGUGGGCUUCGCUCAAUCAUGGUGGCCGAACUUUGUUCCUCGAGGAAGACAAGUCUUGGAUCGAAACCGUGACACAUAAGUUUCCAAAAUUAGAAUCUUACCACGUCGUCUACGAUACGAAAGUGAAAGAUUCCGACAAACUCAUGGAACUCGGCAAAACCGAUGACUGUAAAGCCGUAUCCGAUCCGAGAGAUUCGAAAUGCGGUCUCGCUCUAAAGGGCCUUCCUCCGGACGUAUACGAGACCGAAUGGGAUCUGAUAAUGGUCGAUGCACCAACUGGUUACCACAACGAGGCGCCGGGGCGGAUGAGCGCCAUUUACACGGCAGGUCUGAUGGCUCGGAAUCGUGAAAGCGGCGAGACGGACGUUUUCGUGCACGACGUGGACCGACCAGUGGAGGACGAGUUCUCGGCGACUUUCUUGUGCCGAGGGUACUUGAUAGAGCAGCAAGGAAGGCUCAGACACUUCACAGUCCCUAGCCACCGAGCUCGCGCCGGAAGACCCUUUUGUCCGGCCGAUUCCGGCAGCCACCGCCGGCGAUUCUCUUAGGCGAGACAGAGGAGGAUGUGGCGGUUCAUUCCACACAGAUACCGGAGAGAAUUUUCCGGCAGAUGUGGCAGUCGCCGACGGCGGCGGCUUGUUUUCGCCUGUGUAGUUGUGUCGCGUUUUCUUUUCUAUAAUAUUUUUGUUUUAAAGAAAAACAAACUUUCGAGUGGGAAAUAAAUUAUAAUUUAUAUUA